AUGACAAUAUCUUCUAGUUUUAGACCAUUGAUUUCCUUCAAAGUAAAAGCAGAUGGUAGCAGAGAAUCAAGAGAAAGAACAACAAGAGUUAGGGAGAGAGGAAGGAGAGAGAUUCUUCUUUCAACUGUUAAAGCAGCAGCUGUUGCUCUUGUCACUGACUCCAAAACUCAGCUUCUUGAUAAGUAUCUGAAGAAAUCACAAGAAAACAAGGCCAAAAAUGAUAAGGAGAGACUGGAUAGUUAUUACAAGCGCAACUACAGAGAUUAUUUUGGGUUAUUAGAAGGGUCUCUCAAGCAGAAGACAGACCUCUCUGAAUCAGAAAAGGGCAUUCUUGAAUGGCUUGAGAAAGACACUGUUGAAUUCUACGCAUCUAAGGAUGACCUUGAACUACCUGAACUUCCAGUAGAACCUCAGUUAUAUCUCUCAUCCAAGUCAUGA